AUGAGCCAAACAAGCAUAUUUCAGAACUUUUAUCCAAUGACUCGCGGUCUGAAAUCGUUUCCUCAGGCCGGGCGAUAUCUGGCAAGCCGUAAACAAUAUGAAGAAUAUAACGUCGAGUGGGAGGAGUUUUAUAAAGCGAAUAAAAGCAUCGUACCCCUGCUAUUUGGACCUGUGACAGAGCUACGUGGUAUGAUGCUUAAGGCUAAGCUGCGAGGACAGGGCAAAGCAAAGCCAGUCGACAAGAGUUUGACUGCCAAAGAUCACCCAAUUCCCUCUUCUGAUGGAAACAAUGCGGUGCAAAUCACUGUACGAAGUUAUAUUCCUCAUUCGACUGCAACGGAUCUUCCUGGAAUGCUCUACUUCCACGGAGGCGGUUGGGCACUUGGCGAUCUCGACGGGGAAGAUAGAUUCUGUCGCCAUCUCUGCAGCAAUCUUCAGCUGGUCGUGGUUAGCGUUGAUUAUAGACUUGCCCCGGAGAAUCCCUACCCAGCACAGUUGAAUGAUGCGUGGGCUGCUCUCGACUGGACCAUGAAGAACCAUGUUUCCUUACAACUGGAUGUGGACAAGUUGCUAAUUGGAGGUACUAGCGCCGGUGCAAAUCUAGCUGCCGUGGUAUGUCACAGCUCUAAGCAGAGGGGCGUGAAUAUCCAGGGCCAGCUACUGCGCAUACCUGUGCUGUGCCCUAGUGAGCCGCAUCACUCGGAACUAGGCCUUCGAAGCAUGGUUGACCUGAAUGAUUCUGCGAUCCUGACUCCAGAGUCUACGAGGCAGUUUUUGCAAUGGUACAGGCCGAUAGAUACAUCCCACGUUACCGUCUCGCCUCUACUUGCAACUAGCUUCGAUAGCCUUCCACCAACAUUUCUCCAAAUCUGUGGCAGAGAUCCAUUAAGGGACGAGGGGCUUGCCUAUGCGGAUGCCCUUGAGAGCUCGGGGGUCCCCGUGCGAGUCAAGAUUUAUUCUGGACUACCACAUGCCUUCUGGAUAUUUCCUGACAUAUCUGCCACAGCGGCCGCUGAAGAUGAUUUGCUAGAAGGAGUAAAGUGGCUUAUAAACUAG